AUGCAUCGCUUUUUUGCAGAGCUGGAGCCAUUUCUAUCCGUCACUGAGCAAAACCUGACAGACCGAAAUCGGUACAUCCUGCGCUCCAACAUAUUUGGUGACGCCGAACUCGAACGACUACGACGUGAGGCUGUUCCCUCAUCGAAUGGAAAUGCUAUGCCUGGGAAUGCGGCUCCACUAGAUGCGCAGCAAACUGCAUAUGUGGAUGCAGCCGUCAAUAUUCCGGUUAAUUCAGGUGAUGAUGGAAUAGUCUCCCAUGAACUAGAGAAAAUGAGGAGCAUAUUGGAAGAGUCGAUGCUGGAAACGCCCAGCAUGCCUCUCGAAAAUCGACCACGACUUCCCCGCAUUACCCUUAGCAAGCGAAAUCGGGCUGUCGUGCGGGCUCUUAACCCAAUGCUGGUGACCUAUUUGAAAGCCAGCCACGACCUUUGCGAGACAGACUCAAUUCUUUUUGGCGCCGCACUGGAAGUAUGCCAUAUUAUUGGCACCAAACUUCCCAUGGUCGGACGUGCUACUCAACAAAGUAGCGCCAUCCCAGCCUGGAGAAAAAGAAUCGAGGACCGUAUCGCAAAGGCAAGGACCCUUAUCGGCAGACUGACAAGUUUCAGGUCGGGUAAUAAUAGAUUGAGAGUUGUGCGCACCGGUAGAAUGGCGUAUGCUGGGACAAAUAUUAGUUUGUCCCAGCAGGAUAUCUCGCAGAAACUGACGGAGCGCAUAGAUGACCUGAAGCAAAAAAUCGCUGCUUGGGGGAAGCGGAUUCGACGAUUUAGCGAGAGGUCAAGGCGGUUCAACCAGAAUCGUCUCUUCUAG